UCACACCUACCACUAUAAGGAAAACCAACUUGGGCACUAGAGUGAAGCAAUGGAGGACGAGAGAAACUACAACACAUCUCCUUCGUCUUUCCCAUAUUUGAGCAAGCAGUUGGCGAGCUCAACUCUCGGAGGAAGCGCCGACGUUCCCGUGGUUGAUCUAAACAUUUCUGAUGAAGAGCUUUUGGUGCGUGAGGUGACGGAAGCGAGCCAAGAAUGGGGAGUUUUUCAGGUGGUCAACCACGGAAUUCCAACAGAGCUGAUGCAGCAGCUGCAAGUGGUUGGUAAGCAGUUUUUCGACCUUCCCGAGGCAGAAAAGAAAGCCGUGGCGAAAGAGGAAGACUUCGAAGGAUACAAGAGGAACUAUCUAGAAGGCAUUGACGCUUGGGACGAACAUCUGUUUCACAGACUCUCCCCACCCUCAAUCAUCAACUAUAAAUAUUGGCUGAAGAAUCCUCCCCAAUACAGGGAGGUGAAUGAGGAGUACACAAGGCAUAUGAAGAAGCUAGCUGAAAAAAUUCUUGGUUGGUUAUCAGAGGGACUAGGGUUACCAGCCGUGGCGUUGACGCAAAGUUUAGGUGGCGAAACGGCAGAGUAUUUGAUUAGGAUCAAUUACUAUCCGCCGUCUCCAAAAUCGGAAUUAGCCUUAGGAGGCCCGGCGCACACUGAUAUAGGGGCACUCGCACUCCUCGUCCCUAAUGAGGUUCCUGGACUUCAAGUAUUCAAGGACGAACAAUGGUUGUACGUUGAGUAUAUUAACUCAGCUGUGGUUGUUUUCAUCGGCGAUCAGCUGAGUUAA